AGUUUUCCAUUUCUAGCCCCAAUAAAUCUGGAAACUCCUAGAAAUCAGGUGAGGGGUUUUUGGUAAAUAUGUCGUCAUUAGAAAGUUGACCCACAAGAAGUAACCGCACUCGUCUGCCCUUAGACCCUCUGCAAACCCAGAGGGACUCGGUCUCUCCACUUUCAGUUUCAGACAAGACGCAGCGAAGGAAGAAGAAGAAGGAGAAACAUGCAUUCCUUCGGGUACAGAGCCAACGCUCUGCUGACGUUCGCCGUCACCAUUCUCGCGCUCAUGUGCGCCAUGGCUUCUGUCUCCGAUAACCUCAACUCUCCUUCUCCUACGGCUGAAGUCCAGGUUUUGAAUAUUAAUUGGUUUCAGAAGCAGCCGAACGGUAAUGACGAGGCAAGCCUGACACUGAAUAUAUCAGCCAACUUAGAGUCAAUGUUUACGUGGAAUACGAAGCAGGUUUUCGUAUUUCUAGCAGCUGAGUAUGCAACCCCAAAGAACUCUAUGAACCAGGUGUCUCUGUGGGAUGGCAUUAUUCCUGCCAAGGAGCAUGCGAAAUUUUGGAUUCAUACGACUAACAAGUACCGUUUCACCGAUCAGGUAAGCCACAGCCUCCACCAAAUGUUAAACCUCUGUCUAUUCUCCUGGAUCCAGAGACCAUUUAAGCUGUUUUCUCAGUUAUACGUAGGAAUCACUUUCAUGUAUAUUUUUUUUGGCCCUUUUUGUAGGGAAGCAAUCUUAGGGGUAAAGAAUUCAACUUGACAUUACACUGGCAUGUGAUGCCCAAGACUGGCAAGAUGUUCGUGGACAAAAUAGUCAUGACAGGAUACCGAUUGCCGGAUGAAUACAGAUAGGAUGUCAUCUCAGAUGUUUGUUUUUGGCUGUAACUUUUGGAUGUAAAAGGUCAACUAAAUCAAAGAUUUACAAACUGCGAAAUUUUAUAUUUGAGAAGGGAAGUGAAUGUUGCCAGUUUUGGAUUCUCCUUAAAA